AUGAUUGAGGGAGAGAGAGUUUUGGAAAAAAAUAUAUUUUUUACACCGGAAGGUUUAGAAAAAAUUGAAAAUGAAAUUGAGUAUUUAAAAACAGUUAGAAGAAAAGAAGUUUCUGAAAGAAUUAAGGUAGCUCUUGGCUAUGGUGACCUUUCUGAAAACUCUGAGUAUGACGAAGCUAAAAACGAACAAGCACAAGUUGAAGAGAGAAUAGCUAAGCUUGAAAUGAUGGUUCGUAAUGCUAAAAUUAUAGAUGAAAAAGAUUUAAAUACAGAUGUUGUUAACAUUGGAUCUAGUGUAAAAGUUAGAGAACUUGACACAAUGGAAGAAGACGAGUACACAAUUGUUGGUUCGGCAGAAGCAGACCCACUAGAAGGAAAAAUUUCUAACGAAUCACCAGUUGGUUCAAAACUUAUUGGCAACCGUGCUGGGGAUGUAGUUGAAGUUGAA